GCUCGCUUCCUUGACACUCGCGAAGAUGCCAAAGUUUUACGGCCGCGGACAAUGGGACCCCAAGCUCAUCUUCCUCCAGAUCGUGUGCAUGCAGUGCUCGCAUUACCUGGCGCUGGGUCUGCUCCUCGCCCUCUUCCACGGACGCAACAUCACGAUGGACCAGUUCUUCUCGUACAAGUUUCAUGCGUUUGAAAGCAUCGAUGGGAUGCAGACAUCGACGGCGCAUGUGUUGGGCGGCCUCUGGAGCGCGCUCUUUCUGUGUGUGAUUGUCGAGCGGGCGAAGAAAUGCCUCGACUUUGGUCUCACGCUAUACUUUAUUGACUUUGUUUUCUGUUGUCUCUACGGGGGCGUUCCAUCGAGCCUGAGCUGGUGGGCCGUGCACGUCAUUUCGCUUGGCAUUACAGUCGUGCUCGGUAGGUCCGUCUUUGAGUUUUCAUCCCCGAUAUAUUGCACGUGUCCGUAGGCGAGUACUUGUGUUCGGUGCGCGAACUCCAAGAGAUCCCCAUGCUCGACUUGUUCACGCAUCGCCGCCCCCACUCCCCGACCAAGUCGUCGUAUGCUCCUCUGCCUACCUCGAACAAUACCAUAGCCCCCGAAAAGCAAUCUUAACGCAAUCCUAGUACUACAUACACACUUACAGCAGUCUUCACCUCACCAUGUCUAACGUCAUGU